AUGAUUGCUCGACCCGGCGACUCUGUUGGACAUCAUCACCUCCCCACUUCUCUAUCUGCGAUAAGGGUUACAUCACUUCUACUACUGCUACGGACCUCGUACAACAAACUUCAACAUGCUCACAUUAUCAUCGACGCUUUGAGCUUCCUCUCUGCGCCUUCCUUGGCUCUUGACGCCUUUUCAAUUUCCGGUUGGUACCCUGGUUCUUCAGAUCUCGUGAUGAUAGCGGCGCAGUUCACGCUUGCAGGCCUUUCAGAGAUGUCAGCAUGCACGCUUGCCGCGUUUGCGGCGCUGCUUGUUCUAAUAACGCCAUAUAUCGCAUCACUACUGUCGCAACUUAGUCUCACUCAGCGCCUUGUAGCGUCUCUGGCCAUCUACAUGCUCGUCUCGGGGCAGCAGCAACACCGAUCAGCCAAGCGCUUCGCCGUCGACCAGCAAAGGACUACAUCAGAGUCGAAGAUUCCUUCAGCUGCUAACUCAAAGCCCUCGCAGCCUCGAUCACAGCUGUCAUCUCCAUCAUUUCAGAAGAGAAGCUCAGCAUCACGGCCCGCAGCACCAUCCGGAAAUGAAAGCUCAGUCCCCGAGAAAGUAUCGCGAGUUCAGAGCGAGCAAUGCCCACAACUAAUUGACGCAUGCUACCUUGAUGCAGCAGCUGCACCUCCCUAUCCAUCGGGUUUGGUCAAAGCUGUAGCAGACGAGCUCUCAACCAAGCUCCUCUCCAAUCCGCAUUCAAAGUCACCCUCAGCUAUCUCUACCGCCGAUCAGAUUACUUCUGUCCGCCUGCGGGUCAUGCGCGAGCUCUUUGGCAUUCAAGACACGCACAAUUGGCAUCUCGUCUUCACUUCUGGCGCAACGGCCUCCCUAAAACUUGUCGGCGAGUCGUUCGACUGGAAUUCUGUCGCUAGCUCAUCCAAAGCGUCCCCUGGCUUCUCUUACUUGCUAGAGAGCCACACAAGCGCAGUCGGGAUCAGAGUUAUUGCUGCACGCGCAGGUGUGACCAGCUCGAGCUUUAGCGAGAACGAUGAUCUGACACAAGUUGGCGCCAGUGGACUCGUCGUGCUGCCGUUGCAAUGCAAUGCUACAGGUCGAAGGUAUUCGGAUCUGGUCAAGCGAGUGUGUCGAGCCAAAAGGAACGACACGCUCGUGAUGGUUGAUGCAGCUUCCUAUCUCUCUUCCUCCUCUAGGCUCGAUAUGUCACAAGUGUUGCCAGAGGAGACGCCUGACAUGAUCGCAUUUUCAUUCUACAAGAUCUUUGGCUACCCAACUGGACUCGGCGGUCUCCUUGUCAAAGCAUCAGCCGCACCUCGACUCAGCAACAAGACUUACUUUGGCGGUGGGACUGUCGACUCUGUCCUAGCAGAGAGUUGUUGGACAAAGCCAAGAAAAGAGUUCGAAGCGCGGUUCGAGGAUGGGACGGUCAACAUACACGGUAUUGUUGCCGUCAAUAAAGCACUCGACUAUUACGGCAAGACGUUCGGCCCUUGGGCUGCUCGGAGCGAGUACGUUGGUGGUCUGAGAGAGAAGCUCAUUCGUGCUAUGCGAGGUUUGAUGCAUGGAAAUGGAUCAGCAGUCGUCCGACUCUAUCCAGAAAAUGACGCAGAGAAGGAGUUUGGACCCAUUAUCAACUUCAACAUCCUUAACAGCAACGGCUCCAUAGUCCCACCACAAGAAGUGGAACGACUCGCCAGCAUCAGCAACAUACACCUUCGUAUGGGUCGACACUGCAAUCCUGGUUUCGUUACUUCUCAACUCGGCAUAACACACGAACAGCUCAAGACGGAAUACGCGGAGGGUGUUGGAUGCGAUGAUGCCAGCGCUGAUGCUGGGCUUGCUGUUUCGGUGUCCUUGAGGGCGAGCUUGUGCCUGCUGAAUGUGGAAGAAGAUGUGGAACGGUUGAUUGGGUUUAUUGCCAGGUUCUUCCUUUCCUGCUCUCCCAUCUCUUCAAUGCACAGCGUUUCAGGAAAGACUGCAUCCAGGAAGGAGAAGAGGUUCGAACUGGCCAACAUCACCGUCUACCCGGUCAAGUCUUGCGCCGGUCAAAACCUCCGCCCUGGUCAGGAAUGGGGAUUGACACGACACGGGUUGGAGUACGACAGAGAAUGGAUCGUAAUGAACCUUGCCAACGGAAAAGCUUUGAGUCAGAAACGUUUCCCAAAGAUGGCUCUAAUCCGACCCAGUAUCGAUCUGGCUACACGCAAGAUGACGGUUUCCAUCGCCGGUUCCUCGACUAGCGUCGCUGUGGAUUUGGAAGACGAUUCGCAAUAUGUUGACGAUGCAUCUUCUUCAAUCUCAGCAGAGGUGUGCGGAGCAGAAAUCCGUCCAAGAGCGCACAAGUGCGAAAUCUUGCGACGCAUGCUCACCGACCUUCUAGGCGUAUCUUGCACGCUUGCUCGACAAGCAACCGAGGUAAGCCGACAUUCGAAACUCGACUCAGGAAGCGACAAGAUCCCGCUCAUAUUCAGCAACGAGUCGCCUUUCCUGAUGAUCGACUCUGCUAGUGUGGACAAAGUCAGUCGGUGGAUUCAGCAAGAUUCUCAACCUGCGCUUCUUCCGGGCAGUGAGGAGUUGGCUUCAGAUUCAGGCUACUCUUCUAUCUCUCACUCGCUGGACGGGAAGGAGGAAGGUGGGAUAAUGGCUCAGGCAGCUAGCUUUCGUGCCAACUUUCUCAUCUCUCCCCUCAGCACGUCAGCUCAGGAAAUUAAGGCAGUGGAAGCAUUUGCAGAGGACGAGUUGAGCAGAGUAGUGAUGGGCGGCAAACACGUGUUCGGUGUCCUGGGCGAGUGUAGGAGAUGUCUGAUGGUUUGUGUGGAUCAGGAGACGGGUGAAGUCAAACCUCAGACCCUCAAAGCUUUGGCCAAGUACAGAAGGAAUGCAAGGGGAAGGGUCAUAUUUGGUAGCCAUUUGUGUUGGUUGCCUGACAUCGGCUUGAAAGAGGAGGAGGGAGCGAAGGUUUGGGUCGGGAUGGAGGUCGUUGCUUCCUAA